CUAACAGCAGCAGAAGAAGCAGAGGAGACGCUUGUUCACAAAGUCAGGAGCAGACUUUGAACUUGUUGGCACUUCAUGCUGCAGAGUUUCAGCAAAAUGCUUCCAUCUGUGAUAGUAGCGCUCAUGCUCGUCUCUCUCACCUGUGGAGAAAAUCCUGCCAUACAAGUCGUUCUGACCAACAAAGGACUUCAGUACGGGAAGCAUGUAGGUGCAGGAUGGAUUCAGGACAAGUUGGAGCUCGUCACUCUUCCUGACAUCAGCGGUAAAGUUGGCAUGGGCAUCCUUGGCAGCAUCGACUACACACUGACAGGCAUCAGGAUAACCAAGUGUGACUUUCCUGAACCAUCUGUUGAGUUCAAUCCCGACCCUGUAGGAUUCAAGACCUCCAUCUCAGGCCUCAGUGUUGCAAUAUCAGGAGAUUGGAGGACACACUAUAUAGCAAUACAUGAUGGGGGAACUUUCAACAUGGCUUUAUUUAAUGUGGAUGUGGCCUCUGUAGUGGAGCUGGGGAAAGAUGCUGAUGGACAUAUGUCUGUCACCAGUGUCAGCUGCAGUGCUAGUAUUGGAAAUGUGGAUGUACAAUUCUCUGGUGGAGCCAGUUGGAUAUUCCAGCCUUUUGUGAAACAUUUCAAGGGGCGUAUUAGAGGUGAAAUAGAGAGUGAAAUCUGCCCCGCUGUGGAGAAAUUCAUUGUAAACUUGGAGUACAGCCUACAGGCCACAAACGUCUCCUUUGACGUGAAUCAAGACCUCAGUCUUGACGUUCCUCUCACCGACGUACCUGUCAUUGAAGCUUCAAGUCUAAAUCUGGGUCUUAAGGGAGAAUUCUACAGUAUCAAAACUCAUCAGGAACCUCCCUUUGAGGCCCAGCCUUUCACCAUGUCUGAGCAUGCUGGCUACAUGUUGUCAGUCGGCCUGUCUGAGUUCACAGUGAACUCUGCCGCCUUUGGAUACUUCUCAGCUGGACUUCUUCAGACCGUCAUCAAUGACAGCAUGAUACCUCCCACCUCUCCUGUGCACCUGAACACCAGCCAAAUGGGGCCUUUCAUUCCUCAGCUGCCCAAGAUGUUUCCAGGCCUGCUGAUGAGCCUGCAGCUUUAUGCCCAAGAGGUUCCAGCGGUUUCCUUCCAGCCUGGUGCUGUUAAAAUUGGCUUCCAGGCUGCUGUCAAGGCUGUCGCCAUCCAGCCCAACGCUACCCAGACCCCCCUGUUCAAACUCCUUGUUGACUUAGAGUUCAGUGGUAAAUUUUGGAUCGAUGAAGGAAAAGUGAAGGGCUCCUUAACGAUGGACAACCUUACACUGAGUCUGGCAUCGACUGAGGUGGGAACCUUUAAGACUGAUGCUUUGGAAAACCUUGCAAAGAUUGGAAUGAAGACGGUGGUCUUGUCAAAAGUGAACCUUCAAAUGAGCGAAGGUAUCUAUUUACCCAGAAUGAGACAUGCAAAGCUGACCAACUCAGUUCUGACAGUGGAAGAGGGAUUUAUUGCCUUCUCUUCAGACACGGAGGUGCGAAUAGACGAAGGUUUCAACUGACAGAGAAACCUCAUCCAACACUGCUCUUCAUUCCAGUAAACAAGCCCGUAAACAAACUGGAUUUGCUGUCUCACACCUCAUGACAAAAGCUUGAAUGUAGUUAAAAGAUAAUGUUACGUUUAUGGUCUGAAUCCAUAGACUGAGUCAUUAAUGAGACUUCUCUGCACAGUUCAUAAUCAACAUCUCUACAGCCUUUAUGUCAAAUCAGCAGUGAUUAAACCUGCAGUUCGACUUUAAAAAUGCUUAUAAAGUGGAGAUGUACAGCAUGUGUUUUUUUCCAAAUAAAAACAAAUAUACGUAUUU